AUGCUCGAAAUCAAGGGGUUGACUCGGGUCUUCGUUUUGCAGUCCCACUGGGACUUGGAGUAUUCAACCGUGUAUGCUCAUUUCCUGGAGUCUUCGGUUAGUAUAUGGUUCAGAGAGGAGGAUGCUGCACCACAUGGAGGUCGCAUUCUUGGAGGGUGGGGCCAGAGUUCGGCCUCUCGGGUGUGGCUUGGUUUUUGUGGUCCUGCGGGGAAGCAUUUGAUGCGUUUUGAUAUUGGGCAAGUCGGUCUGGAAGGCGGUGUGGACCACUAUCAAGCGGCGAUGGCAGUCAUUUCCAAAGGGGAUGGAGGUCGACCCUUGCAGUGGAAUGUGCUACAUGUCAGACGCGUGGUUCGGGGUUGA